UAGAGGUUAUUGAAUCUUCGACUGUCCGACGCCGGAGCAAAUCUGUAUCUUCAACAGAUUACUGUAUACUAUCAGAUUUUCAUUGUACGGAUAAUUUAUGUAUGCCGGGAACAUCCCGAGAUGACCAUCCAAUAAGAACAACGAACAAUGAGCGAGAAGAUGAACAAUCCAACGAGAUGAAGAAACUAGAUACAAUCGACGCUGUCGGCACCAUCGCUAAAAAGCCAGACACCACUCCAAAACUUACAGCAUUAAUGCCAGUUGAAAAGGAUGCAGCAUGUUAUAACAUGAAUCACAAAAAUCGUGGUAAAUGCAUAAUUUUCAAUCACGAAGAUUUCUCUAUAUCACUACUAGAGAAACGAGAGGGUUCUGCAAAGGAUGCAGCAAGACUGCAAAAAACUUUUGGAAACCUCGGAUUUGACGUUGAACUUCACGAUGACUUUACGUUCUCCAAAAUACAAGACGUGCUAACGAGAGUGAGUCAGCUCGACCAUACGGAUAAUGACUGCCUCUGUGUCAUUACAUUAACCCAUGGCCUGAAGAAGGACAUAAUAAGCGCGCACGAUGUUAUGUAUGAAUCCAACGAGCUUUGGAAGCCUUUUGUUGCCAACAAAUGUUUGACGCUUGCGGGCAAACCUAAGCUGUUCUUUAUCCAAGCUUGUAGAGGCGAUGAAUCCGAUGACGGUGUUCAACUGGUAGGCACUCGCUCUUUAAGAGGAACGGAAACUGAUUCCGGUCCUACUUAUUCUAUUCCGACUCACGCGGAUUUUCUGUUAGCUCACAGCUCAAUUGAAGGUUUUUAUACCUGGAGGAAUCCCUUUGAAGGAACAUGGUAUAUACAGUGUUUAUGCGACAUCUUAGAUGAAUAUGGAACAACAAUGGAUUUGAUGAGUAUGUUGACUUUAACAGCGCGAAAGGUUGCCACAGAAUAUUCCUCCGUCAAUCCCGAGUAUAGAACUUUACAUGACAAGAGGCAGGUGCCGUCAGUGACAACGAUGCUGAUCAGAUCUGUUUAUUUUCCACCAAAAUCGAAGGAAUAAUUUCGCAUUAAAAAUUGCAAGAAAGAUUUCUGAAAGGACAGAAAAUAAUUGAAAGGUUGGACAAUUGUAAAUGAAUAUAGCAUUUCUUAGGCUAGGUUGUUCCAUCUUUCGGCUCACUAUCUUAUCCUCUUACUCUCGUAUGCUCUUACUUUUUUACUCUUUUGUUUAUCCAGUAGGUAAAUUACCAUAUAGUUUAU